AUGUCCACUCGCUACCACCAAGCUGCUAGUGAUAGCUACCUGGAAAUUCUGAAAGAGGCCACCAAGAGAGACCUGAAUCUUUCUGAUGAAGAUGGCAUGACCCCCACCCACCUGGCAGCCUACCAUGGGAAGUUGGAAGCCUUAGAAAUCAUCUGCAGCAGAGGGGGAGACCCCAAUAGAUGUGACAUCUGGGGAAACACUCCUCUACAUUAUGCAGCUGCCAAUGGCUACACCCACUGUGUCUCGUUCCUGGUCAACUUUGGUGCCAACAUCUUUGCUCUGGACAACGACUUACAGUCUCCACUGGAUGCUGCUGCCAACAGAGAGCACAAUGAAUGUGUGGCUCUCUUGGAUAAGGCUGCCACUGCCCAGAAUGUCAUGAACCCCAAAAAGGUUGCCAGGCUGAAGGAGCAGGCUCAAAAGAAUGCCAUAAAGAAGAUCAGGGAGUGUGAGAAGCUGCAGGAGAAGCAUCACGGUAAGAUGGCCUACACCUCCAGCCAGGAGGAAUCUAUGUCUUCUUUCAGGGGCUCUUUCUCCAUAUCAUCCUUGUCAAAGAAUUCUUCUUCUGGCACAUUUGGGCGGCUGUCUAAGGGCUUUCAAGACACCUUGAAGUUAAAGCCCAAGAAGAAUAAAGACAUAGAGGAGGAGCUACAAAGAGAGAGAAGUGGGCAGAAGAAUAUGAGGGAAGUGUUCAGGGAAGAGGAGGAGGGGGAGGAGGAGUUCUUGGGGGACUUCAGGAGGAAGAUCCAGCUCUUCACACAGGAAGAGGAGGAGGAAGACAGAGGUGCACACCAGGAACCCAUUCUCAACCGUCCGGGUCUAGGGAGUGUCAUUUUUAGAAGGAACAGGAUGUUAAGCUCUGAAGACCUCUCAGCUAGCAGGAGGGAGUUGGAGUUUAAAAUGGCCAGUGAUAUCCUCCAGUUUCCAGGACCAGGAAAGGCUGCUGAGGAGGGGGAAGAAGACGACCAUGAAGAGGAUCUGCCGUGGGAUGAGGAUGAAGUGGACUGGGAAGAAGACAUGGUGGAUGCUUCCUCCUUGGAGGUGUUCUUGCACUCCCACCACCUGGAAGAAUUCCUCCCCAUUUUCAUGAGAGAGCAGAUGGAUCUGGAAGCGCUGCUGCUUUGCUCUGACGAGGACCUUCAAAACAUACAAAUGCAGCUGGGGCCCAGGAAGAAAGUGCUUAACGCCAUAAGCACAAGGAAGCAGGUGAUCCAGUGCCCUGGGCAGCUGGUGGACACCAGACUCUGAUGGACUGUGGUCUCUACUGAAAGUGGCAGCGGUGGGGUGAUGCUGUGGCCUGCUGCAAACGCUCCAGGCAAUGCCUCCAUUUUUAGCUGA